GGAGAAAAGCCGCAGGAGUGUGAUUUAUGCAGAAAGAGGUUUUUAGACUACCCGCUGACCUGAAAAUUCACAGCAGGUUACAUACCGAAGAGAAACAAUUUGAAUGUAGUGUUUGCGGUAAGAAAUUUCUCACGAAUUCUCAACUGAGAGCACAUUCCAAAACACACAUGCUAGGAAAGCCAUACAAGUGUAAUGUUUGCGGUAAGGGAUUUCGCCAGGGAUCUUCCUUGAAAUUACAUACCAGGAUACAUACAGGAGAGAAGCCAUACAAAUGUGAUAUCUGUGGUAACCGAUAUAGGUAUGGUGGCAGUCUUAAAAUGCAUACAAGAAUACAUACAGGAGAAAAGCCAUACAAAUGCGAUAUCUGUGGUAAACCAUUUAGACAGCGAGGUAAUUUGUGUAGACAUCUCAGGAUACACACGACGGAGAAAACAUUCAAAUGUGGUGUCUGUCGCAAAGGAUUUAGUAAUAUACAUAUUCUUAAGGAACAUACCGAAACACAUAAAAAAGAAACACCAAACCUUUAUGUCGGCAAAAGCGCGACAAGUCACGCGUCUUACUUCCAAUUUGAAUAUAAUCGAUCAAACGAGCAGCAAACUUCUGGAGUACAAGUAUGUAUCCCUGAUCAACAGAUGCCUGGAGUAUGUAGCGCUACAAAUGGUCAGCUAAUCCCUGAAGUAUGUAGCGCUACAAAUGGUCAGCUAAUGCCUGAAGUAUGUAGCGCUGCAAAUGGUCAGCUAAUGCCUGAAGUAUGUAGCGAUGCAAAUGGUCAGCUAAUGCCUGAAGUAUGUAGCGCUACAAAUGGUCAGCUAAUGCCUGAAGUAUGUAGCGCUACAAAUGGUCAGCUAAUGCCUGAAGUAUGUAGCGCUACAAAUGGUCAGCUAAUGCCUGAAGUAUGUAGCGCUACAAAUGGUCAGCUAAUGCCUGAAGUAUGUAGCGCUACAAAUGGUCAGCUAAUGCCUGAAGUACGUAGCGCUACAAAUGGUCAGCUAAUGCCUGAAGUACGUAGUGCUACAAAUGGUCAGCUAAUGCCUGAAGUAUGUAGCGCUACAAAUGGUCAGCUAAUGCCUGAAGUACGUAGUGCUACAAAUGGUCAACUAAUGCCUGAAGUAUGUAGCGCUACAAAUGGUCAGCUAAUGCCUGAAGUAUGUAGCGAUGCAAAUGGUCAGCUAAUGUCUGAAGUAUGUAGCGCUACAAAUGGUCAGCUAAUGCCUGAAGUAUGUAGCGCUACAAAUGGUCAGCUAAUGCCUGAAGUAUGUAGCGCUGUUAAUGGUCAGCUAAUGUCUGAAGUAUGUAGCGCUACAAACGGUCAGAUAAUGCCUGAAGUAUGUAGCGCUGCAAACGGUCAGCUAAUGCCUAAAGUAUGUAGCGCUGCAAACGGUCAGCUAAUGCCUGAAGUAUACAGCGAUGCAAGCGAUCAACAAAUUCCGGAAGGAUACCGCGCUGCAAACGAUUGAAACAUGUCUGAAGGGUUUAGGGAUGCCAGCGGUCAACAGAAGAGAAUUGAGAGUGAUACAAAGGUAAACCGGUAUAAAUGUUAUAUUUAUGCCCUUAAUAAGGGCGUGAGACUGGCGAGUUACGUAAGGGACGAUACGCAAGCAAAGAGUACUGGUGGUCAGAUAUUUGACACAGAAUUUACCUUAAACAACCACCGUGCAACUCGCACAACUGUGGAACAAGGUAAAAUUUUAUCAGCAGACAAUGACUCGCAUUCAGAUCAAGGGCCAC